CAACAACCGAAUAUGCCCCUGUGAGUAGUUGUUUACCGGCAAGGGUUUGUGGUUUUAUAAACACAACAUCAAUUUUCUUCAAUCCAAAAUCAAGAAGACAAGAACAACAAUUGUAGAAAAUAAUGAGAUAUGGAAUCUCUUCGUUCUUGUUCUUCGUUGGAAUUAACGAAUUCCAGUGUUCCCAAUCCAUGGUUGCGGGGCUUCUCCAACUACCACAACUCACCUACGCCACGUCUGACUUUCAACCAGUUCCAAUAUUGCUUCUCACCGGCGACGGCUAUGACGGCUCCGUCUAAUUUCAACAUCGAAGGACUUCUCACCGGAGGGGGCUAUAACGGCUCUGGCCAAUUUCAACAUCGGAGGAGUCGUUUCUUCUCACUGGCGGCGGCUAUGACGCCUCUGUCCAGUUUCAACAUUGGAGGAGCUGUUUCUUCUCAUCGGCGGCGGCUAUGGCCGCUCUGUCUAAUUUCAACAUCGGAGUCAUCGUUGGUUGAGGGAGCGGGGGGAUUGGCAGAGUGCUCUGGAUCUCGUUCCUCUUGAUUCUCUUUCCUAUUGACGGACAAUCUAAUCUCUUGCCGGCUCUGAUGCCAUGUUCAAAGCUUCGGGUAUCUUAUCAACGGUUCAAAGCUCGGUUCUAGUAAAAUGAUAUUUUUGAGUAAAGGCAAAUGUUUAACUUAUUCCGUAAAAAGUCAAAUCAGACAAUAAUUUUAGGACAAAUUUUUUUUGGCAAAGUGGACAAUAAUUAUGGGA